CACUCAACUCAUCAUCGACAAACCGCAUCUUCGAGCAUCAGCGCAGCCGGCGCACCCCCCAACACCCACUCUACCCACAACCAUGACCACCUCGGUCACGCUCCAGGCGCUCCAGGCGACCGAGGCCCCAACAGACCUGCUUCGAGCGCUCAAAGAGCUCAAGAACGCAGUCAUUGGCAACACUUGGAAGAAGGUAGAGUAUGCAGGGGAUGACGCCUUGUUGAGAUUCCUGCUGGGGCUCCUCGUCCCUCCAGCCGCAGGGGACGACCUCGGUGUCGACCUCGUGGCCGAAACAGCCGUGAUAAUCGGCGCGCUCGGCUCCGCAGGCUCGUUGACGCUGCGGCCGCUCCUAGCCGCGCGGGUGCCGGAGACGAUACUGGCCGUCAUCCGCGCGCUGCCCCCGUCCCCCGAGCACCCGCUCCACCCCGGCGCGCGCCGCAUGCUUCCUCCCCUGCUCCGCGCGCUGCGCAACGUGCUCGGUGCGACUGCCGACGCAGUGUGGGGCCACAUGUGGGGCGUGGGCGGCGAACAAAAGGUCGUCGGAACCGGCUUGGUUGGUGAAGACGUGAUCACGCCCGCGCGUGUGGGCCCGAGAGGCAACGCCGCGGUGUGGAAGGCCGAGGCCAGCGCUGCCUUGGUAUUGGUGUUUGAGCCGCAGAACUACACCGCGCUCCUCAGCCUCCUCGACGCGUGCCCCGACGCCGUGGUCCUGUUACCGCUGUACCAGCUCCUCGCUCGCCUCAUCCAGCUCCCGUCGCAUCGCGAGGCGCUCGGCCUCCACGGUGCCGGUGGUGCCGACGCGGACGCGCCGCCCUUCCUCACCAGCCACCUGCUCGAGACGAUCGCAAACUGGUUCGUGCCCGGCCGCAAGCCGAACCCCAAGCUCCUUGAGGCCGCGCUCGAUCUCCUGGCCGCGCUGGUCAAGGGCCAACCCCGCGUCGCGGCGUACAUCCGCGAAUGGUCCGCGACAAGCCCAAUAGCCGUCGUCUACGACGACGAUGAGGAGCCCACGCCGUUCCCAGACGUCGCCGUCUUCGUCCAGCUGAUGGAGACGGGCCCGCCUGGCGUUCGGAUCGCGGUGGCAGGAUGCCUGACGCACAUCCUCAAGGCCAUCAAAUCCGGCCCGCUGCGCGAACGGUCCAUCGUCAGCCUCACAAACGUCACUCUCACCAACCUCAACCUCCUCGGCGUCAUCAUCAAGCUCAUGCGAACCGAGGCCAUCGAGGAGCGCGUCAAGCUGUCCUUUGUUCUUGCCGCGCUUGUGUCCGAUGACGAGCGUCUGCAAAAGACUGCCGCAGAGCAGGGGUGCCCAAAGCUGCUGAUCAGCAUGCUCAUUCAAGUCGAUGCCGACGAGGCUCGCGGCGAGCUGGGCCAUGACUCAGCAUCCCGCAUGCGCGAAGCAGUACUACUGGCGCUCUCGGCCCUAGCAUUCAACCACGAGCCGACACGCUCGCUCAUCGCCGACGCGUCGCCACCCGUUCUUCCGCUGGUGUGCGCAGCGCUCAGUCACCCGAGCUACGGUGUACGUGCCGCCGCGUGCUGCCUCGCCCGGGCGCUCUCUCGCACCGUCGCGAUCAUGCGCACGUCCAUUGUUGACUCUGGUGUCGGCGAGGAGGUCGUCGCCGCGCUCCGACGCGAAGUCGCCCGCCGGCGCGCCGAGCCCAUCGACGGGCCGAUUGACGCCGACGGAGACGACUCGAUGGACGUGACGCUUGAAGAGGAACUCGGCGACCGCUCCUGGACCGUCGAGGUUGCGGCCACGGCGACAAUCUGCAACCUCGUAACCAACUUUUCUCCGCUCAAGGACAAGCUGCUGGGGAACGGCGGCCUGGAGCUUUUGGUUGAGCUCACUGCGUCGCCACACGAGCCACUGGCGCUCAACGCGCUGUGGGCACUCAAGAACGUGACGUACCAUGCAAGCGAGGCGCUCAAGGCAGAAGUCAUGGCCGUGCUUGGGUGGGACACGCUGCGCCGCUUCAUCUCAGCCGAGACGCCCAAGCAGCUCCGCGCUCACGCCCUCGACAUUGUCCAGAACCUACUCGACGACCAGACGGCCGUCCAGAUGAACAAGACGGUCGAGGCCCUGGGCCUCGAGUUCAUCAUCAACGUCGUGGCGGACAGCAUCCGUCCCACAGUCGACAUCGACCUCGACCUCUGUGAGCCAGGUCUGUACAUCCUCAGCCACCUCGCGCUCGGGGGCAACGAACUCCGCAACGCAAUCACGACGCGAGUCGAGCUCCUCGAGGCCCUGAGCUCGACCCUCAACGUCCCGUACGACGAGGUGCGCAUCCCUGCGCUGCGUGCCCUCCGCCACCUCGUCGACUCGAACUCACGCCGCCGCCCCCGCCAGAACAUUGUGGACCUUCUCCAGCCGUAUCAGCUCAAGACGCGUGUUCGGGAACUCGCCGAAUCGGACACGAGCGUCUCUGUGCGUGCUGGCGCCGUGGCCCUUCUCGAGUUGCUUGAACGCGCCAAGUAG